GUCGCGGUACCACCGACUUCACUGGAGUUGCCCAAGCCGCUUUUCCGUUCAGAAAGCCUUGGGAAGGGAAGAGCUAUUCCGAAAAUCUCGCUUAAGCAUGGAAACCCUUUCGGCAUGUUUCCCUGCCCAGUACUUUAUUCUGAGUACCUGGCUUGUUUGUUCAUCACAUCUUUUAACGCCUAGCAGAGCGGAGGUAACUUGCGCAUCUUGCCCGUGGCCGGCGCAAGUGAAAGCGGUGGAUAUACAGCUGAAUAAACGAUUCGGUCCGGCAACAAUGGGAAAAUCCCAGACAGAGGUUCAGUCGGAAUUUCAAGAGACCACGGUUCUUUUUGAAAACGCUGGAGUACCUGGUGGACAAGUAGCAGGCUAUGUUCCCCGGGAUGUGCUCAAAUUCGAAAGGGAUGUGAACGCAGGUGGCGGAGUGAACUCGAAAGUAUUUUAUAAGAGCGUCUCGAGAUCAAGUUUAACCGCAGAAAUGCAACCCGAUGAAUCUGCAGACGGCAAUGCCAAAUCUGACAAAGUAGCUGCAAAAGAUGCAACGUUACUAAGAACCAAAAGAAGCAAACCGACCCUAACCGAGUUUACCCGCGGGGCACGGAACAUAGAUGCCAGCCGUGGCGAGUCCUCGGAUGAGAGGAAGACCCAUGGUCUGUUAUUGGACGGGCAGAAACUAAGGUCGGAAGUCCGUUGGAACCGCGAUGAUGGGAAAGUGUCGAAUUCGAGACAAGACGAGCCUAAACUGAUCAGCACCACUUUUGCCUUGGCAGGAGACUCUGCUCACAACCACGCCGUGGUCUACUGGACUGGACACAACAGUAGCGUGAUUUUGAUCCUGACCAAGCUUUAUGACUUCCACUUGGGCAGUGUUACUGAGAGCUCCCUAUGGAGAUCAAGAGACUAUGGCACCACCUAUGAGAGACUGAAUGACAAGGUGGGAGUGAAGACUGUCCUGAGCUACCUGUACGUGUGUCCUACAAACAAAAGGAAGAUAAUGGUGCUGACGGACCCGGAGUUCGAAAGCAGCGUCCUCAUAAGCUCUGACGAAGGGGCCAGCUACCAGAAGUACCGCCUAGGUUUCUACGUGCUCAGCCUCCUCUUCCACCCUGAGAAGGAGGAUUGGAUCCUCGCCUACAGCCAUGACCAGAAGCUGUACAGCUCGUUCGACUUUGGACGAAAGUGGCAGCUUGUUCAUGAGCGAGUAACCCCCAACCGCUUUUACUGGUGUGUAAGCGGCCUGGACAAGGAGGCUGAUCUGGUCCACAUUGAGGCGCACACGCCAGAUGGCCACUGUCAGUAUAUGACAUGCCGGGCUCAGGCCUGCUUGGAAUCAGCCAGGACAUUUCCAUUUCCAGGCUACAUUGAGCCCAACUCGCUGGUGGUCCAGGACAACUACAUCGUUGUGCAGGUCACCAUGGCCGGGAGGGCCGCAUACUACGUGUCUUACCAGAGGGAGCCUUUUGUGCUCAUCAAAAUACCUAAAUACUCACUGCCCAAGGAUAUGCACAUUCUGAGCACAGACCAGGGUCAGGUGUUUGCAGCGGUGCAGGAAUGGAACCAGAACGACACCUACAACUUGUACAUCUCUGACCAGCGCGGUGUCUUCUUCACCCUUGCCCUGGAGAAUGUGAAGACCAGCCGGGGUCUUGGGGGCAACAGCAUGAUCGACCUGUAUGAGGUAGCAGGAAUCAAAGGCAUGCUGAUCGCUAACCGGAAGGUGGAGAACCAGGUGAAGACGUACAUCACCUACAACAAGGGGAGGGACUGGAGGAUGCUGCAGGCGCCCUCUAAGGACCUGGAGGGGAAUGACAUUCACUGUGUGCUGCCAUUUUGUUCGCUGCACCUACAACUGCAGAUGUCAGAAAACCCCUACCUGUCUGGGAGCAUAACCACCAAGAGCUCUGUGCCUGGAGUCAUUGUCGCCACAGGAAAUAUUGGCUCCGAGCUCUCCUACAAUAAUGUCGGCAUGUUUGUAUCCUCGGAUGCAGGCAACACCUGGAGACACAUCUUUGAAGAGGAGCACAACGUCUGGUUCCUGGAUGAAGGAGGAGCUUUGCUGGCUGUCGCGCAGCCCGCCGCCCCCGUCAGGCACCUCUGGAUCAGCUUUGAUGAGGGGAGACAGUGGACUCGCCACAGCUUCUCGGCCAUGCCACUGUACGUGGACGGCGUGCUGGUCGAGCCGGGAUCGGAGAGCCAAGUAUUGACAUUUUUCGGACACUUCAGUGACCGCUCAGAGUGGCAGCUGAUCAAAAUUGACUACAAAUCCUUGUUCACCAAACAGUGCACUGAAGGAGACUACCAAACAUGGCACCUGCAUAAUCAGGGUGAGCCAUGCGUCAUGGGCCAGAAGCAGAUCUACAUGAAAAGGCGUCCAGGUAACUACUGCAUGCUGGGAAGGGAGUCCUCCAGGAUCCUGUCAGCUGAGCCGUGUAUCUGCAGGGCCCAUGAUUUUGAGUGCGACUACGGCUACGAGCGGCGCGGCGCUGGAACCUGCCUUGCUGCGUUCUGGUUCAACCCUGCCACUGUGUCUGCGAGCUGCAGCCACGGCCAGAACUACCUCAACAGCACAGGCUACCGGAAAGUGGUGGCAAACAACUGCACCAAAGGGGUGAAGGAGAUGUACUUGGCCCGCAAGCAGGUCUGCCCCGAGCGCCCGCCGCGGGGGCUGCAGCUGGGGACACGUGAGGGCAAACUCACGGCCAACCUGGGCAGCAACGUCACCUUCGUGGUGCAGCUGGAAGAGGGCGACUCGUUGAGGACCAACAUUCAGCUGGACUUCGGUGACGGCACGGCGGUGUCUUACUCCAACCUCAGCUGGACAGAAGACGGCAUCAAGCAUGUGUACCGCAGCGCUGGAAUCUUCCGCGUCUCUGCCCUCGCCGAGAACAGCCUGGGCUACGACAGCACCUCGCUGUACCUGCAUGUCACCUGUCCAGUGGAACACGUUCAGUUGCUGGCCCCAUUUGUGGUCAUUAAGAACAAGGAGGUGAAUUUGACAGCUGUGGUCUGGCCCUCUCACUGUAGAACUCUCACCUACUUCUGGUGGCUGGGCAACAGCACUGAGCCGGUGAUAACCCUGGAGGGCAGCAUCCCACAUGUGUUUUCAGCCGAGGGGAUGAACACGGUCACAGUGCAGGUCUCAUCUGCCAACUCCAUCCUCCAAGACACCAAGACCAUCGCCGUGCAAGAAUUCUUCAAAUCACUGCUUUUAUCUUUCUCUCCGAACCUGGACGAGGCUAACCCUGACAUCCCAGAGUGGAGGCAGGAUGUGGGCAGGGUAAUUAAGAAGGCUCUGCUUCAAAUCGCCGAUGUUCCCACCGAGCAGUUGCUGGUUGCCGUGUUUCCCGGAAUUCCUACAGCCGCCGAGCUCUUCCUGCUUCCCAGCAAGAACCAAUCAGAGGGCAGGAAAAGGAGUGAGGAGGACCUGGAGCAGAUCUCGGAGGUCCUCAUCAUUGCACUGAACCAGAACCUGGUGGAGUUUGAGCUGAAGCCUGGAUCCAGAGUCAUUGUUUACAUUACACAAUUAACUUUAGCUCCACUGGUUGACUCCAUCCCCAGACAUAGUAGUUCGGCCAUGCUGAUGCUCCUCUCUGUGGUGUUCCUGGGCUUAGCUGUCUUCCUCAUCUACAAAUUCAAGAGAAAAAUUCCCUGGAUUAAUAUAUAUGCCGAGGUGAACCACGAGAAAGAGCAGGAGAUGCUGGGGACGGUGGGCCAGAGUGACGCUACGCCCAAAAUCACGCUCAGUGAGUUCUCCACCCCCAAAGAGAUGAUGGAGAAGGAGCUGGACGCGCGCCUCAAACGUGGAAUGAUCAACCCAUGUGAAAGCACAAGAGAGAUCCCCAACUGUACCAGUGUCUGAACGAACCAGCUAAUCCAUACAGCUUGGAAACGGAAUGAUUCGGAAGUGCAAUGUAACGAGGUGUACAGAAGCGACGCCAUUUUGAAGUUCUGUAGGUUUUUUCUUUUUCUUUACUUUUAUUUUUUUGUAACUUCUGAAACAGUCAUUGUUAAUAGUUUUCUAAGGACCUCGUUUAUACACAUUUGCAUGGGUGUCUUGUUUGAUAAGAUCUGUACGGAGAAUCUGAACACAAUUAAUGAGAUGUUUUUUUUUAAUUACGAUGAAAAAUGUGCUUGGCUAUGUGAGACAAUGAGGCGGACAUUCCAAGUGAGUGGUAAAGCUAGACAUUUGAGUGGCCAAGUUGGAAAUUUGAGUGGCAAAGCUAUACAUUUGGCCUUCUGAAAUGUCCCCACAAAUACUGUAAGAUUCAGUAAACUCCAGAAGGUGGUGACGCCCACUUCACAAAAUGUCCACUUCAAACAUGUUUUGUUAUAUGGUCUUGUCAAAGAACCUACAAGCUACAGAAACAAUACAAAUUUCAUAAUUUCUGUGGAAAAGUGUAAUGGUACUAUGUUUUGAAUUUGAGUUCCGGAAUUACACAGAGCCUAUGUCCUGGUGAGUCCUUUUUGGUUCAAAAGGAAAAAGAUACUGUGUUGAAUCCAAGGCCUGUAGUUGUUAGUCUGGGGUGUAGCACCCUGAACUGUCUGUUAGCUGUUCACCAAUCAUAAGCACUUUGAUUCGCUUGCGCUUUUCACUGGGUCACCUUAUUUGCAUAUCAAUUAUAAUCUGAGCCACUGCAAGAGCAAGAAGUGAAGUGAGAUAUGCAAAUUAACAGACACCAGUACGAAUAAAUGUGAUGUUUUGCUGAGUUCUUGAUACCUAACCUUAGAGUCCUCAGUAUUCAAGUUUGUAAUCAGAUAAAUUGUUUAUCUGACGUUUGCUCAAACUACUUCAGCCGAGUGCACAUUUACUGCUGUGUGUUGGAUAAUAAGUAAGAGAGGAUGUGAUUCAGUUUUAUUUCAGAAGUAACACUGACUCUUAUUAUGAUAUGAUUAUAAUGGACACUUCUUGAGGUGUAUUAUGCAUGCCAUAUGAGGUUGUGUUGUGCUUGCACUUUCGAAGACUAGGAAAACAGUGUCCCUGAGGGAAACUUGAUUGGGUUUCAGUUCAGUUACUGCCAAAUUUCAGCCUUACACAAAGUGGUUUAAGUCAGAUAAAAAGGUGUGGACAAACUGUGAAAGAGUCUCAGAAAUUUCCAUUAAAGUCAAAAAGACUUUUCAACUAUCUUUCAGAAGGCUUCUAGCAACUACAUAGGUGAAUGUUUAUCCUACAUUUCACAUUUUGAUGAAGCAGAUUAAUACAUUGUUUUCUUCCUGUCAUAAUAACAUAUAAAGUGGACGCCUUACAAAAGCAAUGCCUUUCUUUUUGUCUAAUGUUUUUGUUUGUUUAGUUUUUUUUGCCAUCAAAACAUUUAGCCACCUGAAAUUUUAUCUUAAUUUAUAAACCUUAAAGUAAUAGUUACUGUAUAAACAAGUAUAAAAGUUAAGAGUAUUUAUAAGAAACUUUUAAUGAGGUAUAUUGUUUGUUGUUGUUUUUUUUUAUCUUUAUGGUGUCUUGUCAGGGAAGAGCUCUGGCCUGGUCGUAGUGUCAGCAGGUCUUACUGUCCUCAUCUCUCUGUAUAUACAGCGAGUAAGCUGUCACUCUCACAAGCUUCUAUUGUAAAUAGUGUGGUAACGGCACAGCUGCAAACCUUAACACGGUACCUUUUAAAUUUAAAAAAAAAAAAAAAAGUGUGUUGAGAAUUACAGCUUUUAUGGAAUCAUAAUUUUGUUUAUUUCCAAGUGGUCCUUGACUUGUGCAUGUAAUUUGCAAGGACACGAUUUACAUUAUGUGUUGUAGAUAAACUAGUGGUGUAAAUAAUUAUUUUUAGGCCUGUUACAAAAGGGAAAUCAUUUUCACAUUCCUAUGCUAGCAUUCAGAUUUUCAGUUUGCUCUUACCACCGAAACUAUACUGACUUCCUUCAUUAAGAUUUAAAUUAGAAUUAAUUUAAAACCUGACUACUUAGUCAAGGUAUGCAUUUCAAAGGUUCUUUCCAGUAAUGGGUCUCAGUUCUCAGCUGCCUCUUUCACACAGAGAUAAAGGCUGUUAUCUGCACUUUAAGGAAGUGACCUUUUUGCUUUCCUCAUAAUGCGUUGGGAUUCGUAAACCUCUUUGGGAAGUGCAGACCCUUUUAUAUGAAUGCAACUGUAAAUAGCAAUAUCCCAACGAGUCAGAAGCAGCAGAAGGUGACUUCCUGUACACUGCAGAAGGAUCUCAUCUUUCACUUAAUUCAUCACACUGCUUCAGUAGAUAUGGCUCCCAGGCCCACUAAAUGCAUCUGAAAUUUUCUGUGUGGAAGAGGUAAUAUUUAAUGUUACUUACAUAAUGUUGUACAAAUAUUUCUCAUCCUCCGUAGUUAAAGACUCCGACAUCCAUCAUUUAUUAUACGCAACAUAGUCAUGGGCCAAAUAUUUCCCCUUAGAAUCUAGCACACGUCUUUAUUCUUCACAUGCAGGCAGUGCUGCACAUCGUAUUGUGUUUGUUAGGUACUUGUUUUAGUUUCUGUCUCAUAAAAACAUGACCCCGGUAACUGGCGAAAUUCCACAUGAAUGUGGAGCUAGAUAGCCCAUCUGAAAUAUUUCCCUUAAUCACUAUAAGAAGCAAAACUGGUCUCAGAUCAGUGAACAAGGACAACUACCACCAACACCCACUUGAUAAUUUCAAUAAAGUAAUUCUAUCCUACCAAGAGGACUUUGUCAGAUUUAUCAGGUCUUGCCCUGUCCGGAAACGGGAAACCCCGGGACAGUAUAUAUUGAUAAACUGUGAUAAGCUGAGUCAUGGCAUAUGAAAUGGUUCCAUGAUGGACGCUGAUCUGAACUGACAUGAAUCGGAUGGUAAAUCUAAUUCUACGGCCACAGCGAAUGCAGCUUUUGCGCCGUGGGCUGUUUGGAAAAUCUGCUGAUUCAAGGUGUCUGGUGUCAAGUCCUGCUGAUCUGGGGCUUAUUUAUAUUAUUCCUUUUUACAGCAAAUGCGCCGCAUAAACAGAUUACAUCCCUUAGCCUGAGUUCUGUUCAAUUACUUCAAACCAUCCGGGCAAAAUGCUUUUGCAGUUAAGGGACUAUUAAAGAAGAGAGGCGGGAAAAAAAAGCCCUCAGCAGAAGCUCUGUUGCUCUUUGUCUGCAUGCACGACGGCGCUAACAGCAGCGGCUGCUGGGUGCAGCGCACGGCGUGGCGGCGAACACAAAGCGGGGCUUUACCGCUAAUCACCUCUUACUCUCGCAGAGAGUCCACCGCGCUGAAGUCAGCCUGCAAUUACU